AAGCACCAAAAAACAAUGGGCACGAAGCUGGUAGCAUUGAUAAUUAUUGUUAAAGAUUGUAAAAUGUUUUUUUAUUGUGUGGGUGGCUGGAUUAGUAUAAGAGACACUUGUAUGUUUCUUUCAGAUUCGUUGGUACGUUGAGAAGAAAGGUAACAGUGGUGACAAUAUGGAAAUGUUAUUUUGUUUUGUGUUCGUCUCAAUCGUCCCAUUAACUGCAUCAACGUUUUCACCUGGAAACACUUACAGUAACUGCGACCCCGUCAUCAAAUGCACAACAUGUCGAGGAUACUACAGAAAAUCUUCCUUCCGAACUAUUGAUGGAACGUGUAACAAUUUGAGGAGAAAGACACAAGGAGCUGCUCACACUUUCUUAGGAAGAUUACUACCUCCUGAUUAUUAUGAUCCGAAAAGGCUGGAUACACCACGUGGUUUUCCUGGCACGACUCCCUCUGUUCCAACAGCUCACGAAGUUUCCCGUGCUGUGUUUGGUGUGCAAUAUCGAAACAAACAGCAUGCUAAAGGAUUGUCAAGUUUGUUUAUGGGUUUUGGACAGUUUGUUGAUCAUGACUUUGCCCUUACACCACAUGCAUCGUGCAACGUGUCUGCUGGAUGCGGAUCACUCGAUGCAUUCAAAUAUCCAUGUUUCCCAAUUAAAUUUUCAAACAGUGGUUCAAGGUGCACUUCAUUUGGCCGUUCUUUUCCAGUUUGUCAGGGCAACAGUAAGAAAAAGAGGGACUUUCCAAAUGUAUUAUCUUCGUACCUUGACCUGUCGCAAGUUUACAGCAAUGAAUUCAAGGUUCAUCAAAGCUUGAGAAAAUUAGACGGAAGUGGAGAAUUGAAAAUGACGUCAUCAAAUCUUCUCCCAAUUGCUGUCCCUGCAUCAGCAUCAUCAUGUCGCAAUCCAGCUGGCUGUUCUCUUGUUGGCGAUGAAAGGGGAGACGAAAAUAUUGUGUUAAGUGCUAUGCACACCCUCUUCGCUCGACAUCAUAACAUCAUAGCGAGAGCUCUAAAAAGACGCCACAGACGAUGGAACGAACAUAAGUUGUUUGAGACAGCAAGGAAGAUAAACAUUGCAGUGUAUCAGAAGAUCGUUUAUAACGAGUUCGUAUCUGUUUUAGGUACUGUUGAGAGAUAUAGAGGGUACAAGCCAUACGUUGAUGCAAGUAUAGUGGCUGUAUUCUCAACAGCUGCGUUCAGAUUUGGACACAGCCUUGUUCCAAAUUCAUGGGCCAUGCUGGAUAAAAGCUUUAACAAAGCCAUGGAUGACAUUUCCCUACAAGCUUCGUUUUUCAACACUACGUCACUUCGCACGCAUGGAAUCGAACCCAUUGUUUACGGAUUAUGUGCCAACCAAUCACAAGUCGUCGAUACAAAAUUUGCGUCUGGAUUGGUCCGAAAGCUUUUUGUGCCCGUUGGUCACCAUGGAUACUCAGAUCUUGCCGCUUUGAAUAUACAAAGAGGGCGCGAUCACGGUAUUCGCACGUACGGUCAUUGGAGACGAUUAUGUAGAUUGAAGACCUUAAAUACAUGGAAGGACCUUAUUGGGUUGAUCCCAGCAUCCGUUAUAAAGGCCUUCAAGAAGCUUUACAAGCGCCCACAUGAUAUCGACCUAUUCGCUGCUGGCAUUGCAGAAAAACACGUGCGUGGUAAAGUCCUGGGUGAAACAUUUCACUGCAUUGUAACAAACCAGUUCGAAAGAUUACGGAACGGAGAUCGGUUUUAUUAUGAACGACCGGGUGUUUUUACUUGGGCACAAAGAAGGAGUAUCAAUAGGAUGACAAUGGCGAAGGUUUUGUGUAAUACCUUAAAUGGUGUAGUUUCGAUGCAGCGAAAAGCAUUGGAGGCGUUUAUUCCAGGCUCUAAGCGUCCUGAAUGCACAUCAAUACCAGGAUUAGACAUGAGACUUUGGUGAAAUGGUUACAUGAACUUCGGGAACAAACUUGUGUAGGUUCAAAACAGAGUUCUUUGAUAAAUAAAAAACAAUUCUAUUGAUUAUAAAAACUGUACAAAAAUGAUAAAGAGAAAUUAUAAAUUUAAGUUUCACCAUUGAUAUGUCGGCUGGACGAUAUACAGUGUGGAUAACAUAGUACGUUUAUUUUUUUUCAAUUGUAGUUAUUUUGUUAAAAGAAAGAGAAAAAGUCAAAUAAACAUAA